GACGAUUUGUUAUUGUAGGUAUUUUGGUUGCGGAUAGUUUACAAGUACAUAGUAUCUUUUAGUGUGACCCAGUUUAACAUGCGCUGUGCUCUAAAAGCUUCGCCCCUGGUUGGCCCGCAAUCCCUUCGUCAUCAAUAUCAUCAAUCGGAGAGCUCCAUAAUGAGGUAUGUUGACAGCAACAGCCCACCCCUCCCAGAUGGAUCCUUCCUGCCUUCCUGGGUAUUGUACUUUGUACCUGCUUAUCCCAAUUGAAGCACUGAAAUGUCUUAUGUACUGCGGAGUACCUGACGUAAACGCAACAUUGUUCAACCUAGCAGCCUCGUGUCUAAACGCCCACUAUGUAUGUACGUAUGUAUGUACAUACGUGUACCCACCGCAUUCGUUAUCCCGGGAGAUACGAGAUACAUAUGUCCAGAUGUCUUAGUAGUGCCAUGUACUCGGUAAGAGGUAUAUACGGUAUUAACAUCCACUAAGCUUCUUGCAUAUUUAGCACUUACAUCGUACAUAUGCAAGUAUUUGAUAGCUUCACUCAAGCUUGAAGAUCGCAAGCGAGGCUAACAGACUAUAUACAAUGGACGAUUUUCGGAUCUUCACAUCUAUACGAUAUGACCCUGCUCUUUUAAAAGUCCCAGAAUUAGGAUAUGCUAAUACCGGAUGGAAUCAGAAUUAUUCCCCCUUCUAUAUGCUUGACUUACACCGAGACCGCAUGCUAAGAGCUGCCGUCUACUGGCAAUGGUCAGCUGCAGUCGCCGCCAUUUCUGGCGAGGAAGGCUUGGGGAACCUAGAAAGGUUUCUUCAGAGCAUUGUUAGCGAAGUUGGCAGUGGCCCCCAUCGAAUAAUGCUUAGCCUAGCUCAGGACGGGACCCUAGAUUAUCAAACCUCUCCUCUUCCAGAGACACAUCUGAAUAAUCUAUAUCCAGAAUAUCUGCCGAGCCUAGAUCGUGAGGACUCAGCCCAAGGAGGAGGCGACAAGGUUCCAAUCAAGGAUCCUAUUUACGACAUCUUCCUUGAUAGCCAGAAGACUUCAAAAUCCGAGUUCACUCAUUACAAAACUACUUUCAGAGAUAUGUAUAAUGAUGCAAGGAGACGGGCUCAAAUAAAUCUAGGCGACAGGAAAGAAGUGCUCCUCGUCAAUGAUGAUGGGCAUAUUAUGGAGGGUAGUAUUAGCACCCCCUAUUUCUGGAGAGACGGAAAAUGGGUCACUCCCCCUAUUCCCACGCAAUAUCGCGCUUCCGAAGGGAGCGGUGGAAAUGACGGCACAACAAGGAGAUGGGCUUUAGAGAGGAAUCUUGUUGUCGAACAAGUCGUUCCUGCGGAGUCGCUGGUCGACGGUGAAGAAUGCUGGAUAAGUAACGGCCUUCGGGGGUUCAUUUUUGGAAGAAUAAAGCUACACUAAUUUCCGCGGUGGCAUCCUUCACAUGUUAUCUCUUAAAUUUUUGGCCUUGUGCAGCUGAGCCUCAACCGGGUUUAAUAUAACUUUGACACUUACCACCUGGUACAAAGUUUCACACAUUCGGCAGAUUAGUAGUCGAGCUCUAACUUGUGUAUAAUAAAAUAAGGAAGGAGGUAGUUAGAGAUAAUAGAAUACCGGUAGUAGUCUUUUUA